AUGCAGAAACCUCGGGUGACGGAGAUUCAUGUCCGGAUGGACUGUAACGGAUGCGUGCAGAAGAUCAAGAAAGCGCUACAUGGCAUCAAUGGUAUAUAUGAUCUUUACAUUGACUUCCCUCAACAAAAGUUGACAAUAAUUGGGUGGGCGGAUCCGGAGAAGAUAGUAAAAGCGAUUAAGAAGACGAGGAAGAUUGCCACCAUAUGUUCCCACACAGAACAACAAACGGAACCUGCUCCACCACCGCCAGAACAAGCGCCGGAGAAUGGUUCUCCAGCUCCUGAGGCAGCAAACCCCCCUCCUUCAGAAGCACCACCACCGGCUGAAGCAGCUCCGCCGGCUGAAGUGGCCCCGCCAGCAGAGCCACCAAGAGAAUCCCCGCCGCAUGAAAAUCCAACACCCGAGCCAACAGGACCAACACCUGUGUCUGCUGAGACCAACCCCGGCCAACAAAUACACCACCAGAUACCAAGAGACGUUGGAGAAGUUCAUACCAUAUACCACCACCCACCUGAUUAUGGCUACAGAUAUGGCUACUCCCAAGGCUACAAUGGCUACUGGAAUAGAUACCAUAACAGCCAAGGACCUCCACAGGAGCCUGCCCAUACCCCCGCCCCGAUGGGACCUCCUCCAAUGAGCCACGCCCCAAUGGACCCUCCUCCGAUAAGCCACGCCCCAAUGGGUCCUCCCCCGAUGAGCCACGCCCCGAUGUGUCCAACCCCACCUCCGCCUAUGCAUGUGACACACAGCUACAACACAUACAGACCAUCACCUUAUAUCACAGAAUUUGAAUAUAUCCAGCCACCCCCACAACCCUCACAUUUCAGCAGGACGAACCAUUACAACGAGCAUUUCAGCAGGGCGAACCAUUACAACGAGGAGCAGCAAGACGUCAAUGGCAACGGAAACAUCACAUCAAUGUUUAGCGACGAAAAUCCGAAUGCGUGUACCGUAAUGUAGAGAGAGAGAGAGAGAGAGAGAGAGAGAGAGAAUGGUGCAAAAGGAGGGGUACUGUUUAUCCCCAAAAGAAUCACGGCAAGAACGUUAAUGGAGAAUAUGUUAGCAGGAAAAUAUAAUUUAAUGGAAUUAUAUUUUUCUUAA